AUGUCCCGCCAUUACUCCCAAGAGCAGGCUAUCUACCAGUCUCCUGUCCGUGACGAGGAGACCUGGAGGGAGUUGAGCCCUUCUGAUAACACCUACACUGCUUCACCACGCUCGCAAAUGGGGUAUCUCUCCCCCCUGGCUCCCCCUAUGACCUUCUCGAACUCUACAGACAGCGACCGAUCCAACUCCACAGUAUACAGCUCGACAUCGACACGUCUGAACACCAUGACUUCAUGUCACUCACCGAGAAGCCCUUAUGAAUACGACAUCAACGAGCAUGAUUCUCGUCAGUCAACACAAGAGCAGGCCGACGGCUUUCCUACCUCACUCAACCAAGACUAUCUCUUCGAUAGCCAGUACAUGGCUCGCGUUUCACCCAGCCCCAGAUCAUCCAAUACAGAAAGGUCCAGUCAAAGGUUCAUCUGCCUCUACGAAAACUGUGAAGGCUCCUUCAGCCGCGUAGCUGAUUUAAGCCGACACCAAAAAUCAAUCCACUUCCCAACAAAGAUGGAUUGUCCAAAAUCACGCUGCAACCGCAAGGGCUACUAUGGCUUCACUCGUGAAGACCAUCUGACCGAGCACCUGCGUCAGUAUCAUGGAGAUAACCUAGCCAAGCGCACCUCUAGCAAAUCAAAGCGCUCCGAGGCUAGGUGUUAA